AUGAUUCUAAAUGGAACAAGGCAUGAUACUGAUACAUUAAAAUGCCUCUCGAACCACCUGACAAUUUAUCAGAUAUUUCAUCAGAAAGGAACAAAUGCGUUUGGAGGUGUAUUAAUAGCCGUUCAUCGCUCGAUUCCUGUUCCACGAGUAAGAGAAUUUGAUAAUAUUUGUAAUUCGAUUGUUCUAGACGUUGGAAAUACAGCAAAAAAAUUUCAACUUGCAACAUUUUAUUCGCCUCCAAAUGAAAAAUUACCUAUAAAUAUUCUUAAUGAUAUCAUAAAUCGAAACGCUGAUACUAUAAUAUGUGGGGACUUAAAUGCAAAGCAUGAUUCUUGGUCCAAUACAGAUAAUAAUCAAAAAGGACGUUUUUUAUUCGAGUGGCUACAUGAUAGUCACCUACAGGUUGUCAAUAAAUGUAUUCCUACCUCAACUAGAUCAAAUGCAGUAAUUGAUCUAAUAUUAGCACCGCCAAGUAUGAUUUCAAAUCCUUUUACGGUACUUCCUUCUAUUGGAAGUGAUCACUAUCCUGUUAUCUGGUCGCCACCAUUCCAUGUACCAUCAAAAGACUUCUUUAUCCCAAUUAAACGUACCUAUUGGGGAUUACAUAGAUUAUUUAUUACAUUCCCCUUUACUUAUUGGGAUAAUUUAUGUUCGAUUAUGUCAGAUAAAAUAGAAUUUUUUACUCUCUAA